AUGACUUCCAAUGGAACGUACACAAUCAGUGAGCUGCCGCCGGAUCAGCGGGCUCUUUCCGGUCACCGAUACAAAAAGCAUCUCUACUACGUAGCGCAGGCCGCAAUUUGGAUUGGUUAUCUGUACUUCGCUGUCCGCUUGUUCGCAAUCUUGUCUAGCCCAUCGCAAACAUGGCAAAUGUGGACAAUGUUAGCGGUGGAAUUGGUCUUUGCUCAUCUGGCCCGGCAAGAACAACUUCGUUCUGUUAUUGCCGGCAAGGUGCCGCAAGGUGGCCCGCGCAAGAGGUUGCGCCUUCAGGGCAACGAUGAUCUUCCUCGUGUGGAUGUCCUGUUACCCUGCUGUGGUGAACCAGUGGACGUCAUCAUGCAAACGGUGCGAGCGGCAUGCACCAUGGACUAUCCUGUCUCUCAGUUUCGCGUACUGCUUCUAGACGACGGGGGCUCGGCUCUGCUGAAGAAGACUGUUCUGGGACUGCAGGCUCAAUGGCCACACCUCUCAUAUCAUUCCCGUGGUAGACAGUCUGGUCAGGUUUUUGCCAAAUCUGGCAACCUGAAUUAUGCCCUGACCACCUUGCAGAAUGAGAAUCCGCCGCAAUUCUGUACAGUCUUAGAUGCGGACUCCAUCCCAUCGCCGGAAUUUCUUCGUGCAAUUCUCCCUCAUCUAUUGCAAAAUCCUGCUUCGGCAUUGGUUUCUACCCGCCAAUACUUCUCCAAUCUCCCUAAAGGUGAUCCUUUGUCCCAGGCUCGCUGUCACUUCUACACCUGCCAGAAUGCGGAACUCGAUAUUCUGGGCCGCGCUAUAGAUGCGGGGUCUGGUGCAGUAUUCCGGCGCCAGUCUAUUAUUGACGUUGGCUUUUAUCCGACCUUCUCAUUCUCUGAGGAUUGGCAGCUAUCGUUGGUGUUGCAAGGAUUCGGAUACCCAACCAUGCAGGUCCAGGAGCCUUUGCAGUAUGGUCUCGUUCCAACAUCCAUAACCGGGCACAUCGCUCAAAGAAACCGAUGGAACAUUGGUCAUUCCCAACAAAUAGUUUCCAUGCUUUCUUCGAAUCCUCCGAAUUUUCCCAAGCAACUUCGAAAGACUAUUGCUUGGAAUGGAGCGGGAAUUAUAGGAGGUGAAUUUGGCUGCCUGCUCAGCUUUGCAGCAGUCCCGGUCCUCCUACUCGCCGGAAAAACGAUACCGGCUACCUCAACACUAAUGACUAUGCUCCAAUUUGUCCUAGCAGCAGCUUAUGUGCUCUCAACCUGGACAUAUGAGUUUUGUCAAGCUGCACAGACAGGUUUUCAAAGCGCUCCAUUUGCCCAUCUGGAAAAUAAGUGGCAGGCUGCCGGAAACAUCUAUUCUAUCCUACGAUUCUAUCUACUGACCAGCAAGCCGAAAGGCUCGUUUGUGACGGGUAGCACGGCCAACUCUUGGAAUCGUCUUACGGCAAUGUCUUCAUACAUGAGAUUGUACAAAGACCUCUGGCAAAAUGGCCUCUUUUGUAACGUUAUCAUGCUCAUCACGACCCUGGGUGCAAUUUUCUACUCGACAGCCGUUGUCCUGUCCCCGAACGACCAGGACCUGACCACAAAGCUGCUCACCUCAGUUGCCUGGCCGCCAUUGCUCCAUGUUUGCUAUCUCACCAUUGCAAACAACUGGGUACCCGUUGCGUAUCUGUUGGAUCCUCCGACUUAUCCCGAUCGAGACUCUCAAUACAUCGAGAAUGAAGCUCCCAAAACUACUACAUCGCCGGAGAAGUGGUACAGUAUGGGUAAAGCCAGCAAAGCCAGCAAAGCCAGCAGGGAUAUGCUGCAGCUGGGAAGUAGAUUGGAGAUUGCCGAAGAUUCCGAAUUAUGA